AGUAUUGAUGCGUUGUUAUAUUCUUAAUGUGCUUUAUUAAUCCAGUCAUCCUUCAGUUUUUGUUUAAGACGGGUGAGAGAAAUGCAACAUGGGCAGGAACGGACCAGACUGUGACUCCACAGAGACAAAGAGGCAUCUGUCAUGUCACAAAGUAUUGACCAUCGGCUCCGUCCGGUGCUGAGACCCCGGUGGAGUGAAAGAGGACCCUGCCAACCUCCAUGGCUCACUCGUCAGGACCGUCGCGCAGGGAGACAACCGCCGCAACCCAAGGGUCACAUACAGCUACACGCAACCUUUUACGGAAGAAGGAACAGCGACGCCGAGGAACGCGAUCCUCUUCACCCAUGGGCAGAGUCAUCCUCAUCAACUCCCCUGUGGAUGGUGGUGAUGACAGUGAGGACAUUCAUACAAUCACAGUGGAUAAGAGUGUGGAUGGCAAGCUUGGCUUCAGCGUGCGCGGUGGCUCAGAACAUGGCCUCAGCAUCUUUGUCAGUAAGGUGGAGGACAACAGCACGGCAGAGGAAGCAGGCCUGCGUGUCGGAGACAAACUGGUGGAGGUGAACGGCAUUAGCCUGGAGAGCAUCACCAUGAGCAGCGCAGUUAAAGUCCUGACAGGAAACAACAGGCUGAGGAUGGUGGUUAGACGUGUUGGAAAAGUCCCCGGAAUCCGCUACUCCAAGGAGAAGACCACGUGGGUGGACCUGAUCCACAGGCGGAUGGUGGUGGAGGAAAGUGGACGGACUCCUUCUGAGGCCAGCUCAGGCGGCGCCCUCCAAAGGAUUGUCCACCUUUACACAACCUCUGACGACUACUGCCUGGGUUUUAACAUCCGUGGAGGCAAAGAGUUUGGUCUGGGCAUCUAUGUCUCCAAACUGGAUCCCGGUGGUCUGGCAGAACAGAAUGGCAUCAAAAUGGGAGAUCAGAUCCUGGCUGCCAAUGGAGUGAGCUUUGAGGACAUCAGCCACAGCAGUGCGGUUGAAGUGCUCAAGAGCCACACGCAUGUCAUGCUAACCAUUAAGGAAGCGGGACGAUACCCUGCGUAUAAGGAGAUGGUGGCAGAAUACAGGUGGCUCAAUAAGCUUGCCAAUGGCGCGCAGACAUCUUCUUCCCAAGGUUCUGGUUCCACCUCCUCAGCCUCCUCUCUGUCAUCUGGGACUCCUGUCAGCUCGCUGAGCGGUCUGUCCCAAGUCAUGUUUCCCCCCAGCCUGCCAUUCGGCUCAGACAUGGUCGACGUUUGCAUCUCCACUGAGGACCAGAGGUCUGAGUCGGACCGUACAGAGACUGCCAUCCAGACAGAUCUUCCUUCUCAAAAAACAGGCGCAGACACAACGCGCAGCCGGGGACCGACCACUCUGCUCAGAGACACGGCGAUCCGCGGAGAAGAUGAUGAAGGGAAGAAAGAAUCACCGAAGACAGCCGUGUUGCUGGCUCUGAGCCGACCCAGCCGCCGAAUCAGUAGGUCACAGAGCCAUGUGACUGUGGCAGAGGUCAAGCAGAAGAAAGAGAAGAAGCAGAAAGGGAAAGACUCAGAGGGGAAGAGUACCCUGCAACGCUCCAAAACAUUUGUCAACUUAUUGUUGAAGGGUGGACGCAAGAGAGACACCUCCAGGGGGCGCUCAAAGUCCCCAUCUUCAGAGAAACCCAGCAAAGAUGGUCGAGGGCUCGGUGCACCGCCAAAUUCAGAGAUGUUGGGUGUGGUGGAGGACAUGGCCCACAGGCUGCUGUCCGAGGAGGAGGCGGCUGCUGUGAUGCAGGCGUGCCGUCGGUAUGUGGCAGAACAGUCUGUGGAGAAGCUGGCUUGCCACCUACUGGCCAUUCUGGACAGACCUGAGAAGCUGUUGCUGCUGAGAGAAGUCAGAAUGUUACUUCCUCCUCCUGACCUGAGGGUAUUUAACGACACGGUGAUGCCGUUUGAAGCUGAGGCCUAUGAUAUUCUUAAGUGCCGCUCACUGCGGACUCCUCCUCUUCGCUCUCCUAUGUCUGGUCGAGUACCUAAGCGCCACCUCAUCACUCCCAUCCCAGAUUACAGAGGAGGCUUUGAGCUCCACAGUACUGAGGAGGUGGAGAAGGCGAUCCACCUAUUGGAAGAACUGGAGAAGCUCCGUCUGUCUGGGUCUCGGCCCCACACCUCCAGAUCCUUCACUCCUCUACUGGACAUACCCUUGGACGGGUACAACACAGACUUCAAAGACCUCAGACCUCCUCCUACGAGUCCGAUGCUCCCCAACUGGCUGCUGGCCCAGAGUGAUGACUCCCGACCUCGUCGCCGCACAGACAGCAAGACGAUGCAUUCCAUCCACUUUGAUGAGGUUUCACUGCGCUUGCCUUCAGAUAACGGGGAUGUAACUUUGGAGAGAGGGAGGUCAGUGUUUAGGAACGGACAUUCCACAGUCACAAAGGGGGAAGGAGGAGACAGGAGUAAAGACACAGUGUUCACGCUGCCCAGCGCGCCUCGCAGGAGUCGGCCCUUGUUGUUGCAGGUGUUUGGUUCAGGUCCAGGCCGACAAAUGGGGACAGAACAAAUGAACGGCCAUCAGGCGUUGCCCAUGAACGGACUCAACGGCACCAAGACGGAGCAGGAGUACGAAGUGAAAACAGUCAGCGUCUCAAAAACCAAACAGUCUCUGGGCAUCAGCAUCUCUGGUGGGAUGGAGUCGAAGGUUCAACCAGUCGUGAAGAUUGAGAAGAUCUUUCCAGGCGGCGCCGCCUCCACCUGCGAAGUGCUGAAGGCUGGAUUUGAGCUGGUGUCAGUGGAUGGCGUGUCGUUGCAGGGAGUUACCCAUCAGCAUGCUGUCGACGCCAUCAGAAAAGCCUUCAGCAAUAAGGCCAAAGACCCCAUGGUGUUUGUGGUCAAAGUCCCCAAAAGUCUAUGAAAGGAGACAGAAAUAUUUUUUCCCCUCCUAUUCCUGGAAGAUUCAGCAGAAUGAAAACACUCAAAGCAAACAGCAUGAAGAUUUUCAUAAUAAAUGGUGAGGAGGCCAAUGCUGGUGAAGGACAGUUUUACAUUUGAAACUUUCACCAUCUUUAAAGCUCCCAAAAUGGAAACAAACCUUGAGCGCAGGAGCGUAUCGCACUAAGGAAUUUUUAAAGGUGCAGGCUGACAAAUGAGUGCCUUUAAUACACAAAAGUGUUUUGUUUUUUGACCUGAAGAGGGCAGACGUCAGCCAGUCGGCACGUUUCUGUAUACUGUCAAAUACCAACCCUGUUCAGCCCAUGAAACUUAAUGAUCAGACUGUAGAAACUGCCAACCCAGAAGUGUCACAUCCUGGGUGAACAUUCAGACUGAUUUUCAUGAAAUGUGGACCUGAUGAAAAACUAGUUCUU